GUUAGUAUCCGAAUCUGUCCACUGACAACAGUCAUUCAGCGCUAGUAUUAGUUCAUUACCAUCAUGAAGCUCGUGGGUCAGGCUGUCCUGAUUAUUCUGGUUAAUUCGGUGGCAGUAGGCCUAGGUGCAGUUGUGACAAACUUUUCACAAAACUGUUCACAAUUCUUUUCAAACCCAAAUGGAGUGGUUACUCCUCCAGAUGUCUUUCCUGGACCACAAUACAGACAGAUUUGUCAGAAACAAGCGAAUCAAAACUUUUAUGAAUUUGCGACACUAUACGACUCAGUCAACCGGAUUCCAGUAUUCUCUGCCUAUGAGUAUGUUGGUCACAAGCCAUGUACAAGGAAAGAUGUCUGGUACUUUGAACCUCAGCUGGAUGAUCAAAACAAAGGGCCGUCCAUGGCUCCUGAGUCUACAGUCAGCAAAGCCAUGCGAGGAAACAACCAAGCCCUCGGCAGUGACUAUGAAAAGUCAGGCUACGACAAAGGUCACCUUUACCCCGUCUUCCACACCAACAGUCAGAGCUGUGCUGACUCCACCUUCACCCUCACCAACGCCGCCCCGCAACAACCCUCCUUCAACAGGGGCGAAUGGAAGAAGAUGGAGAACGACUUGGUGAAAUUCCUGAAUCAAAACUGUCUUCCCAAUCAAGCCUAUGUGGUCACUGGAGUGGUUCCUAGCACCAAUCCUCCGGUAUUUGUGCCCAGCGGCAGGGUGAACGUGCCCACACACUUCUGGAAUGCUUACUGUUGCCUCGACAAUAACCUCCGGCCCAUGUUUUCCGGAGGGUAUCUCUCCACCAACGACAAACAGAAAGGGCAAAGCUUCAACACAACGUCUGCUCUGGAGCAAGUGCUGAGUAACCUGUACCCAAGCCCCUUUCAUGUGUUUGGGGGCAAGUGCUGA